AUGUCACCGAAAUCAAAUUCGUCAAGUGUUGCCGGGCCCAUUACCCAAAGUACAGAGCGCGUAUACUAUCAUCAAGGCGGUUCACAUCAACAUGAGAAACAGGCUGUAACAUGUAGGCUGUUCGCCAUUAAGUUUCCCAACUCGUUUUGGACCAACCCCUUAGGCCGACAUUUCGGCCUCUUGAAGAUUAGCGAUAUGAUUCUUGUCGACUUAGAUGGGUCUUUCGUUGUUGAGAAUCGAUCUGCUCUUCUGAAUAACGCCGGGUUCCUCAUUCACGCCUCUGUUCAUAAAGCUAGACCGGAUGCAUAUGCGGUUUGCCACUGUCAUAAUGCUUGCAAGUUUCGAGGAGACGCGCAUAUUGUGUAUGAUAGCUACAGAGAAGUCGUCUUGGGUAGUGAAGAAGGCGAUCCCAUUGCUAGCGCGCUUAGCCCAAAUGACAAGGGGUGCAUUCUCAGGAAUCAUGGCAUCCUGACCGUUGGGCAGACUCUCUUUGAGGCUGCAUUCUUGUUCACAUCCAUGGAAAGAAUACGUCAGGCUCAGCUCCUAGCAGAGGCAGCAUCACAUAGUAAUAGUGGUCCCCGGAAGGUUCUAAUCAGUGACGACGAGGCAAACUUCAACUUCGACGUUGAGAGCGAUCCUGAAAUUUGUCACUGCGAGUUCCAGGUUUGCUAUGAUUUCGAGGAAGAGUUAUCCGGCGGAGGCUUCAAAGCUUGA